ACUUCCGUUUCCUCUCGCGGCCUUUCAGAAGUAUUCCUAGAACGGCACUCCGGAGCGGGCCGAAUCCAGGUAGCGUCAGGGUACUCCUGCGCUGGAGCGAGCCUCUGUUGAGUACCUCCAAAGGUGGGAGGCCUGAGGUGUCUCCUUGCUCAGCAGUUUCUUGUUCCGCAGGUUGGUGUCAGCGUCAGAUCAAGAUGAUUGAAGUGGUCUGCAAUGAUCGGCUGGGGAAGAAAGUGAGAGUGAAGUGCAACUGUGAUGACACCAUUAGGGAUCUGAAAAAGCUCAUUGCUGCCCAGACUGGUACUCGUUGGGACAAGAUCGUGCUAAAGAAAUGGUACACCAUUUUCAAGGACCAUGUGUCACUGGGAGACUAUGAAAUCCAUGAUGGCAUGAACCUAGAACUGUAUUAUCAGUAAUUUGGUCAUGGCAGCCCUUAUCUUUUCUAUGGUAUUUUGUUCUUAAUUUCUCAUUUGACUUCAACUGUUGAUAGUUUAUAUUGUGGUGUGAGCUGUGAUUAGCAGUAUUUUAUCCCUGAUUGCAAUAAACCAGAAAACCUGUAUUCAAGCUGUGUUUUUUGUCUUUUAAAAAUAUCAAUGUUUAUAAUAAACGUGACCUGAUAACCUGA